AUGACAACUAAAUUGACUACUUUAAAGGAUAAUGGAACAUGGAGUAUAGUCCCUUUACCCUCUAAUUCUCAUCCUAUUGAUUGUAAAUGGGUAUACAAAGUCAAAAUGAGAGCUGAUGGUAGUGUUGAAAGGUAUAAAACUCAUCUUAUAGCUAAAGAUUAUUCUUUGUCUACAUUGAACAAAGAGGAUGGUGGCUUUAUAGCAUUGCUUGUUUAUGUGAAUGACAUCAUAAUUGCUACUAGUUCUAGUCAGUUAGCUAUUGAUGUAAAGACCUAUCUCGGUUCUCGAUUUAAGUUGAAAGAUCUUAAAGCUAUUAAAUACUUCUUAGGUCUUGAAGUAGCUAGAUCUUUUAAAGGCAUUUUCAUUUGUCAGAGGAAAUAUACACUUGAUCUUCUUCAAGAGCAUGGUCUUCUUGGGGCAAAGCCAGCUACAACUCCCACUACCAGAAAAAUUGGUUUCUGUGAUGGUUUCUUCCAUCACAGAAAGUCCAAAAUCCUUCACAAAUAG